AUGGCAAACAUAGACAUUGAGGGAAUUUUGAGGGGUAUUCCAAAUGAUGGCCGUGUCCCCAAGACAAAAAUUGUGUGCACUUUGGGGCCAGCUUCUAGGUCAGUGCCAAUGUUAGAGAAGCUCCUUAGAGCCGGAAUGAAUGUUGCCAGGUUCAACUUUUCGCAUGGGACCCAUGAGUACCAUCAGGAGACUCUGGACAGUCUAAGGAUUGCUAUGCAGAACACUCAAAUCCUUUGUGCUGUAAUGCUUGAUACCAAGGAGCCCCUUCAUUCCACUUUAUGUAGCUGUCCUUGUUCAUCUGGUUAUUCAUUAAGCUCUUGUGCUUCUUUUCCUGGCCCUGGUUUGGAGCUUCUCUUUUAUUCAUCGGAUAAUUCUUUUGUUUGCCUUUCUCCCAUUGUUUUUGCAGUACCUCCCAACAAGAUUGAUCCCUAUGGAUCUUGGUCCAUGAUGGCCUUUUUAUUGAUUUUGACGAUUGGAUCUCUCUAUGAAUGGAAAAGGGGUGCUUAG